GGGCACUUGGAUUUCAGUGUUUGUCGAUAGAUUUUGGAACGCAUUUUUCAUUGCACGAGGUCUCGAGAAUCUUCGUCUAUCAGCUACUUGUUUUUCUUUAACUAAAAUUGUGGGACAGAAUUCUGUAUUAAAUAUUGAAUUUCUUACAAAAAAAACUAUCAGUGUAUGAUCCUGUAUAUGGCAAUUGGAAGAGUCUACAAUAUUGUACGGCAAUCUAGCUGCUUGAAUGACCAGUACAGCUUUUGUACAACUACUAUGACUUCCUUGCUGGUUCCUCCAGCGUCAGUCCGUGGGAUGACAUGCUUGGAUCGUGAUGCAUUUACAACAGUUGCAACUGUAUUGACAUUAAAGUUACAUGGCAUUACUAUCUCAAAAAAUAUACAUGUGUUAAAAAAGUAUUUGUUAAAAAUGUGUAAUUUUAAAUCAGUGCAAAAGAUAAACGACGGAGCCAUUGUUUUUCUAAAUCCUGAUAUUGUCACAAAAUUUGAAGAUAUUACUGAAAAUGAUAGAAAACUACUAGCAGAUCAAUAUGAAUAUUUUAGUACAAUGAAUAUUACGAUGAAGUAUGAUAAUUAUCGUCGUGAUGUGAUAUUAAAAUCAAUCCUUCCGGAAGAUAUUGAAGUUCCUACGGCAUACAGUUUAGUAGGACAUAUUGUGCAGUUGAAUUUACGUGAUGUACACUUGCCAUACAAAUCCAUUAUUGGACAAGUAUUUCUUGAUAAGACUGCAAGUGCACAAACGGUAGUAAAUAAAAUUAAUACAAUAGAUACAUCGUUCCGAUAUUUUGCUAUGGAAAUCCUGGCUGGUGAAAGAAAUACAAUAACAGUUGCAAAAGAACAUGGUUGUACAUAUCAGUUUGACUUUGCACAAGUUUACUGGAAUCCACGACUGUCUACUGAACAUGCACGAAUGAUAACUUUUAUGUCACAAGGUGAUGUUCUAUAUGACGUAUUUGCAGGAGUGGGACCCUUUGCGAUUCCUGCUGCACGUAAAAAGAUCCAAGUGUUUGCUAAUGAUUUAAAUCCUGAAUCUUACAAAUGGCUUAAAAAAAACGCUGCCGUUAACAAGUUAAAAGAUAAUUUUAAAGCUUUUAACAUGGAUGGUAGAGAGUUUUUGAGAAAAGUUGUUAAAAAUGAUAUUUUGGUCAGACGGGCUCAAGAUUUAUCUGGUUCUGAACAUAUAAUAAUGAAUUUACCCGCAUCAGCUAUUGAAUUUUUGGAUAUACUACCUGAUUGGUUUACUCAAGAAGAAUUGAAAAAGGUUUAUCUUAAAUCACCUACGUUUCAUAUAUAUUGCUUUGUGAAAGCAAAUAAAGGAGAUGAUGUUUGCAUGCUUGGAAAAUUAUUGGUUGAGCAACAACUUGGUUAUACAUUAUCUACUGAUUCUAUUGUCAGUAUACACGAUAUUAGGGAUGUUUCACCGAAUAAACAAAUGGUUCGAGUAUCAUUUUUAUUGAAACUACAAACAGUCAAAGGCGAGGAGCCAGCAAUGAAGAAACUUAAACUUAAUGACAAUAGUGAUGUAUUGAAAACAGAAUUUAGAAGCAGUAUGUCACAACAGAUACCUCAUACGUGUACAGCAAGUUUAAUUGUCAUAGGAGAUGAAAUUUUACGUGGACAAAUAAGUGACAUCAAUACAUCAUAUCUGGCAAAAAAUUUAACUGCUGCUGGAAUCAGACUGCAGAAAGUUGUAGUGAUCUCUGAUAUUGUAUGUAUUAUUUCAUUAUUAUUGCUUAACAAAUGCAUUAUAAUGCUAUUAAUAAAAGUACAUGUAUUUUUUUAUAGAUAUAAACCAAAUGAAGUUUUUAUUAGUUUCAAUGGUGGUAAAGAUUGCACAGUAGUUUUGCAUUUGGCUGCUACUGUUACCAAAUUACGUAAUAUUUCGUCCUUACUGUGUUUAUAUAUAACUGACGAUUCCUUUCCAGAGGUAGAAGUAUUCGUGGAGUCAGCUGCUCAAUAUUAUGGUUUGGAGAUAAUACGUAUGCAACGACCGAUCCAAUCCGCAUUAUCUACAUUACUGGAAGAAAAAUAUGAUUUGAAAGCUGCUGUCAUGGGUACGAGAAAAGGUGAUCCAGGUUCUGAAACUUUACAAGCAUUUAUACCUACUGAUCCAAACUGGCCACAGUUGAUGCGUGUAAAUCCUAUUUUACAUUGGUCGUAUAGUCAAGUGUGGGCAUUUCUGUUAAAGCAUAAUAUUCCUUACUGUUCACUCUACGAUCAAGGAUACACAAGUAUCGGCAAUAGAAAUACUACUGUGCAAAAUCCAUUGUUAAGGGAUCCUAAUAAUCCUUCGUCUUAUUUGCCAGCGUAUACUUUAACCGAUAAAUCUGCUGAGAGAGAGGGUAGAGAGCAUGAGAAGAAAAAGAUGUGAUUUUUAAUAAUUUAAUAUAUUCUAUAAUUAACAAAUCAAUAUUGUUAUAUAUAUAUUUUACUAGUAUUAUUAAUAUGUAUUUAAUAUUGUAUGUUGCGUAUGCAUGUGUAUAUGCGUAUAUACGUAUGAGAGUAAAGACGCCAAGUAUAAGCGUCACCUAA